AUGGGUCGCCUUGGCGAAACCAAAGAAACAAUCGAUAUCGAGGCGGAGACGUCGACAGUGGGACUCUAUGACGUGUGCACCGUUGCGCGUAUCGCUCCUCUUUUGAAUGAAGUUCCAGUCGACAAAGCUUCGCCGGAGUGGAAACUCAAACCGAAAAGCAACGAACGCUUCCUCGUUCUUGCGUCGUGUUCCGAUCUAGCUGUCUUCACUCUCGGAGAGAAGACGGAUUACUCUUUCAAUACUGGGCUCGAAGGAACUAUCACCGACUUCGAAAUCCUCGGAAGUUCUGCAUUUAUGGUUGGGAUUAUCGAGAAACGACGCAUCGUUAUUCUGUCGUUGGAAAAACAAGAACUCUACUUCAAUGAGCCGGCUCCGCAUGAUAUCGACUUUGUAUUCUGCAAUCCAACACCAACAGUUUGCUACCUGACAUUCGGAAGCCGUACUGGCGACUGGCACACUGUUAUGCUGCAAGGUGACGUGGCUGCAUCGAAGGAGAACAAUCGAGUAGAGAACUGGCAGAGAGAUCAGAUUCAGGAAUACUUCCAACAAGCGAUUCAAAAAACUACUACAAAAACGAUGAGAAUGGAAGAUGUGUCCGGAGACAUCACAUCGAUUUCUACUGGUCCUCUACAAUCAUUCGCUUCAAUCCACAAGCAACAAGGUCUCUCAUGGUGUGGAUUAGCUGAAUCUCAGUUCUCAGUCAUUGGAAGAGAGAAACAAUUCGUUCGUGUUCGUGAUGGUGGUCGAUUCUCUCUCCACCUUGACACUGAUGGAUGGAUUCAUGUCUUCGAUCCGUUGACAUUCUCCUUCUGGCACGAGUUCGACGUCAAAAUGACACCUGACGACAUAAUUCUUGAUUUUGUUGUGAUUGAUAAGAACGAGACAGAAGUGCCAAAACUGUUUGCUAUCAUCACAUCAUCCGGCGGUGAAGGUUCAGAAAUGAUCAUUUACGAUCGCACAAAACACGAGAACUGUUUCUCGCUGCCGUCUGCUAUAUCUACGACACUUUUUGCCUAUGGAGGUAGUGAUCGUGUCCUCAUGGCUGUCGAGGAGCUUGAUAAUUGUGCGGAAGGAAGUAUGGAGAAAAGUCGAAUUGUUGUUCGCCAAGUUUCUCAAUCACGCCCGGAGAUGCGUUUUGAGUCACUUCUCAAAAACAAUAGAUUCGAUGAGGCGGAAAAGUUUGCCAAAACUUUCAAGCUAGACGUUCAAAAAGUAUACAAAGCUCAUGUGACUUAUUUGAUGGAUACAUGCGACGAAGAAGAAGAAUCUUUCAAAAUAUUAUUGGAAACGAUUGAGAAAAUUCAAGAUCACAACAUGGUCGCUGAGACAUACUUCACUUUAGUUGGAAUGAGCCGUCGUUGCGAUCGUAUUCGAACUUAUUUGACUUACGCGAAGAAAAAAAGAAUAAGUGAUAUGGAUGUGCUCAAAAUGAUAGAAUCCCUCUGCUACACGUGGGCAACUUAUCGAAUCAUCGUAGGUCCAGUAGGAAAUGAAGUCGGUUCUCAAAUUAGAGAGGACAUUUGGGACUUGUUCGUCGAAGCGUUGCACGAUGGAAAUCCAUGGAUUGAGAUGUAUAACGAGUUCAUCCUGUCAGCUCAAUUUACGCAAGCUAGAGUCAUUUUUAGUCGUCAUGGGCAAAUGAUAAUUGAUCAUUUGUGCGCGGAUGACGAUGAGGCAGCUUCUCGUUUGGAUGCUCUUUUCCGUAUGUUCAUUGAUGCUAUCUCUGCAGACAUCAAGAACUGGAGUAAUGUGAUUGAGCAUGUCACUAUGGAUAUUUUACCUGCAUGUCUCUCUAUCGCGGAGAAGCUUGUUCCAUGUCUUGAAAAUCUCAUAACUACACUCAUUCCACUCCUCGAGUAUCGUGAUUCGACAAAUUGGCCCGAUAAUGCAAUCAAGGCUGCCAGCAGUUACGAUACAAUGACUAAACUACUCGUGAGCAAUGGAAAUACUCCUGUUAGCCAAUCGCUUCUACUUUAUGGGGGAAGCAAACUGAGCUCGUCAUCUUUAGGAGGAAGUUCAUCAAUGUCUCGAGUGAAGAAAAUGUACUACGAUUUGAUCGAGUUGAAACGUCUGAAAGAAGUCUUCGAGUGCUCUAUUAGCUUUUCGGUCUUCCAAACUCUGCCAUCCGAGGGAAUCUGUCACAAAAUUCUUCAAAACGCUCUCACAAAUCCAAACACAACUCAUGCGAAAAUUGAGAAAUUUGUGGUACCAUUCAUGGAAGAACGUCAUCUGGAUCAAGAGCAAACUAUUGUGAAUUACAUUCAGAUGAUGUCGGGCGCUGCAGUUUCUAAGGCGAAUGCGUUUGGAUGGGAGAAGCAAUGCGUGCAGUUGUGUGCAAGUUUGAAAGAUGAAUCUCGUCGCUGUUGCUCGAUUAUCUCAAUUGCUUCCACUGCAAAAUUGCCAUGGCCAGUCGAGCUGAAUGAAGCCGUCGAUAAAAUCCUUGCAAGUCGCACACUCUUGAGAUCGGAGAUCGAAGAGAUGGAAAUGGUGUGCAAACGGACAGAUCUCUACAAAAUGCUCUCUUCGUACGGAUACAGUCGUCACGACAUCGAAUUGUUGACGCUCGUUGACUCCAGCAUGGAUAUCAUCAUGACUAUUCGUUGUAUGCUAGCACAACGAGAGAAGCCAUCUCGAUUCGUUGAUGUUAUUAAGCUCAUCCAGUUGCUGAAGGCUAUGCUCAAUCACAGAGAAACGCGUAGCGUGAAAAUCGAAUAUGUUCAAUCAUUUGCUGUCAUUCACAUGAUGUAUCAUGAAGAUGUUACGACUUCAAUCAUCAACUACAUUGACAGUCUCGGAGAACGUGAACGUGUCAAAACGAUAUCUUUGAUUUUCUCAUUCAUUGAGCGCGUGGCUGAUACUCCUGCAAGUGGUGUGAAUAUUCUCGAAAGAGAAAAGAUGCUGGGAGUUGGAGAAGGUCUUCUCUCAUACUACGUGUGCCGAGACAACGAUUACAACGAUCCAGAGAGACGCUUGAAAGAUAAUCUUGUUUUACUCCGAGAAGUUCAGAAGAACGAAGCGAAAGCUGUUCUAUUGUCAGAUUUCCAAGAUGAGCACUGGCGAGGACAGUUUCUUGAAAAACUUCUUGAAUCAGAAAGUUCGCUGAGAGUGAAACUGAACAACUGCAGCUACAUGGGAAUUCCAAUUGAAAAUCUGAUUGAGAUGUUGCUCAGAAAAGCGUUUGAAGAUAACGAUAUUGAUCAGAUCGUUGACAGUAUAACUAAUUACACAGAAUUUAUCACUCCAUGGACAGAAACAACUAGAGAUAUGCUGGAUCCAAUUGUACAGACACUCAGUUGGAUUACAUUCCGACUUCCAGAACUUCUACCUACUGAAACUGAAGUGGUUCGGGCCGAUUAUAUCGCCUUCACGAUCAAGCGUCUUGGCCGUGUGGUUCGAGAGACAAUACGUCGUUUUCCAUUCGACGUUAUCAGUGACGAUUUGCAUUUUCUUCUCCAAUUAGAAGCGUUCUUCAAUCUCGGAGAACACAUCAUUAAUCAAUCGCUUCGUGGACAAGAAAAUGAGAAUGAGUCACAAGAUGCUUUCCGAUCCGAAGAUCCUUCCUUCCUCCCGGCUACUGCUUCGAUUUCAUCGACUGAUAACUAUACCACGUCGAAGUUGCGAAUUUUCGAUUUCAAACGGCCACUCGGAACAUACGAUUUCUCUUGCGAACCCGCGUUGUUCGAAGGAGUUCAAGGAGUUAUUAAUCUUGCCAUGGUAGCUCCGUCUGUCGCACGUCCAUACGGAUCUGAUAUUACUAAUGAAGACGCAAACGAAUUCCGUGCGAAUUGGGAUCAGUUGAACAUGUUCUUGGCUAUGCAUUCUCAAGACCUUCUUGAUAUCUCAGCCCGUGUGUUCGCUGGAUCACUUGAGUGUUGGUCGAAAGAAUAUCUACAAGGAAUCGCUGAGAUGGAAAUGCCAGUGUUGAACGUGGUUGAACGAAUGCUUCAACAAAAGAAAUUUGAUUUCUGGCACGCUGUCACACUUCUCGGUGGAAUUCCUCUCGAACGACUCGAUAGAGCUGUAACCGAACUUCAGAGAAGACCGGGUGUUCGCAGUUCUACCAAGGCAACCAUUCAGUAUCUUCAGCUUGCGUUUGUGAUGAGUUUGCUGAUCAGAAACAAUGAAAAGAUGCCAAUAAUCAUAAGCGGCUACGAACAGAAGUAUUUGGUAAAGAAACUCGCCGAGGAAGGUAUUCGUGCCUCCAUCAAUGGAGAUUUCGUCGAAAAAGUUAUUCAACAAGCUGUCGAGUUGCGUCAACCACUACCACCGCUGCGACUUCAUGAUUAUGUCAAAAAGUAUGUAGAGAAAUUAUCACGAAAUAACAAGAUGAAAGUGGGAGAAUAUAUGGUUCGAUAUGCAACACUGCUCAUUAGGAAAGCCUCUGCUGCAGGAAGAUUGACAGACAACGAAGCUCGUCGAGAUGAAAUCGCGAAGUUCAUAGAAUUGGCAAGAUUAGCAUUGAGAUUGGCUGUGGAAGAAGAAGCUACAUGCAUCUGCAACUAUCUUCAUUGUCUACUGUAUAUCGUGUGCCCCUACAACUAUGAGGUUCUUCAAUUCAUCGUGACUUCAUUCGGACAAUAUGCUACAGAAGAAUCAGAAUUCGAAAUGGAGAAGAACUUGAAAUCGAUCAUGUCUUUCCUGUGGUCGUACCGACGAACCAAUCAUAUCAGCAGUGCGGAGUCGAUUUGGUUCACAAAGCGAGAAAGCACUCUGCUGAAAGGGGAGAAAGAAUAUGAAAAGUCAGGGAAAUCCUUGGAACCGUUCGGUCACUCACUUCGACUCGCCCACGAGGACGAUGGGAAUAACAUGUCUGACAUGUCUGGAUCUGAAGCAUCGGACCAAGCGGAUGCAAUGGUUUACGAAAGAAACAGUGUCAUCAUCAGUGACAUGCCAGCAUUGGCGAUGCAACAUCUUCCGUUCCAUGGCUUCUUACUACGAAAGAAAGAAGAAGUUACUCAUGUUGUGUUGGGAAUAGUGAAUGGUGAACUGUCCAUCUUCAACGUUCCAAUUUGGCAAGCGUUCCUCCGCGAGGUUCAAUGGCUUGCUCUUCAUCUCUCACGAUCACAGCUACUCUCUUCUGCCAUUUUCACUCAUGCCAACAAGUACGCGAAGUUCGGUAAAAGUUUACCAGAAGGAGAGCGCAAUACUAUUCAUCACCUGCUCGAUUCGGCUUCAAACCGUGCUGUCGUCGUUACAACAAUUGCUCUUCUAUUCAAGAACAUCAUUCUCAGUGAUGUCAAAAUCGAGCUUCUUCAAAUGGGAGUAGAUAUUUCUUCUAGAUGGACUCAGGAUUUGGAUGGUGAUGAGCAGGAAGAGAUGCAAGAACAAAGUGACCGAUUGAAAGACGGAAUCGCCAAGUUUUUCACUGAACUUGAACUCAAAAAGAACGGAAUUUACAAUGAGAAGACCGCUGAUAACAUUGAGAAUGUUCAAGAGUUGUGCACAUUGAUUUAUGAUGAAAUGAUCCAAUGGGAUAAUUCGACAGAUGUCGCCAAAAAGUGUGAGGUUGUAGAGCGCAUCGCCAAAGCGAACGGACUUGACUUGGUUUCUUUGCACGAAAAACUCGUUUUCGCUUGGGUUGAAGAUCAAGAGUCAUCGAUUCCAAUCAGCCACGUCGAUAUGAAUGAAUCAAUCGGUGGUACCUCAUUCACGGACCAGAAGGACGAUUCAGAUGACCAGAACGAGCUUCGUAUUCCCCUUUUCGACACUGUACUCGACAAAAUUGUGAUUCUUUGUAAGAAAUUAGACAAGAAACGUCUGUUGACGAGACUCGGAAACAUUAUCAUGAGAGGAGGUCGGAAGGCGACAGGAGGAUUCACAGCCGUCGUUCGUGCUGUUUGCAUAAUCCUUCGUUCUUUCACCGACACCGAUGUUAAUGAGUUCUCCCCGGGAGCUGAUUUGGGCAAUUUGUGCGCGAUUCUGGAAAUCCAACUGAACGAGCGUUUGUUCGAUAAGGCGGAGAUGAAAUAUGACGAGAAAACAGACAAGAUUCAACUGAUCAAAACUCUUCUUCAAUGUCCAUCUCGUACACAAACAAUGACUGCUCUCAUUGCUUGUCUCAUCAUUGAUCAUGAUUUCAAUGAUCCGAAGAGUAUUGAUCAAGUGAUGGCUCGUCUUCAAAUCACGAAACAAUGGAACACACUUCGUGCACUGCUCAACUACGUUCGCUCGAAUAAAAUGGAUUCAAUGAUUCGCUCUUUCCCGUUGCUCUGGUUCCGUGUUUACGAGAAUGCGAUUUUCGAGUUGAACGGAAAGACAACUGUCAAUCCAAAUUGGAAUCACGAACAGUGUGUGAUGCUCCGUAUGUGGACACUUUGGGCGAUGAGUAGCAACGUAGAAGGAGGACGUCUUCCAAAUAUCGCUCGAUUCCUUCGCGAGCUCAACUGUCCCGUCAGUGCAUCAAUCAUGUCAGUUCUUUCCAGCUGGACUGUUGAUAAAAUGGACGCCGUUGACAUCAACAAAAUGGAUCCAACUCGCGACCUCUGCCUCGGAUGGAAUGUUAAAGAAGAACCAAAAAGUGCAAACGUUUCGAUCGUCUAA